GCCGCCGAGCCAUCUGGCUCCCGUCCCAAUGUAGAUCCCACACCCAGAUCCGGCCUUCAUCCUGGACCAACCCCUGGCAGCCCAGCGCCCCUUCCCCAGGCUGCCCAGGCUCCCGGCAUUCCAGCUUCCAAAACCUGAGAUCCAGAUGCUCUUCCUAAACCCUGCACCCCCUGUGUGUCUGAUCCUCCCUCCUCCCUCUGCCCACGGACCUUCGCCCCACAGAUGGACAUCGUGGACGUUGAGCAGGAGGUGCCCGGAGAAGGCUGGAUUGCAGUGGCGUAUGUGGGAAAGGAGCAGGCGGCCCAGUUCCACCAGGAGAGUCAGGGCAGUGGCCCGCAGUUCUAUCCCAAGGCCCUGGUCCAGCAGAUGCGGAGGGCGCUCUUCCUGGGAGCCUCUGCCCUGCUUCUCCUCAUUUUGAACCACAACGUGGUCCGAGAGCUAGACAUAUCCCAGCUUCUGCUCAGGCCAGUGAUCGUCCUCCAUUAUUCUUCCAAUGUCACCAAGCUGUUGGAGGCACUGCUGCAGAGGACCCAGGCCACGGCUGAGAUCACUAGCGGAGAGUCUCUGUCAGCCAACAUCGAGUGGAAGCUGACCUUGUGGACCACCUGUGGCCUCUCUAAGGAUGGCUACGGAGGAUGGCAGGAUUUGGUGUGCCUGGGAGGCAGUCGGGCCCAGGAGCAGGAUGGAUUUACUGGGGGAAGAGGAUGGGGUAGCCCCAGUGUCCCUGACACUCUGCUCCCCUCCCCAGAAGCCCCUGCAGCAGCUGUGGAACGCCAUCCUGCUGGUGGCCAUGCUUCUGUGCACAGGCCUUGUGGUCCAGGCCCAGCGGCAGGCGUCGAGACAGAGCCAGCGGGAGCCCGGAAGCCAGGUGGGAGCCAGCCUGAGGAAGUCCCGAUGCCUCCUACCUUCGGGCCUGCCAAACUGUGCCUGCUCUCUCCCCACAGGUGGACCUGCUCAAGCGCCGUGUGGUGCAGAGACUGGCGUCCCUUAAGACUCGGCGCUGCCGGCUGGGCAGGGCGGCCCAGAGUCCCCCAGAGCCUGGUGCAGAGACCUGCGCUGUGUGUCUGGACUACUUCUGCAACAAGCAGUGGCUCCGGGUGCUGCCCUGUAAGCAUGAGUUUCACCGAGACUGCGUGGACCCUUGGCUGAUGCUCCAGCAAACCUGCCCGCUGUGCAAAUUCAACGUCCUGGGGAACCGCUACUCAGAUGAUUAGCCUCAGGAGCUGGGUCUCUGCACAUGGGGAUGGGAUCCCUCGGCCUGGGCUCUCGGAACAGCACAGCAGGAUGGACAGGACAGAAAGCCCUGUGGGUGGAAGGAAGGAUAGGGGCCUUCCCUGCUGAGGAGCAAGGUGCCCCCACCACAUCCACACUGGGAAGGAGGGGCUACAGCGCCCAGACCUGCUAGGAAGAGAGGAAGAGAGGCCCCUUUAGGGACCUUCUGUGCAAUCCUGGGGUGUCUGUGUCUGCCCUUCUUACAGAUAGCUCCCAGGACCCUGAGCAUGGGCCUGGGGAAAGAGGGUGUGUGGCAACGCAGCUGUUCCUGUGGCUCCAGGAGCCUUAUGGCCUGCCUGUCAGGACAUCCCAGGGGCCGAGGCUGCAGUGGCCAGGUUUUAUGUUUAUUUAUUGGGGGGGCAGGUUGGGUGAGGAGCCACCUGGCCUGACCAACUUUCAGGUCACAUCUUGGUCAGGGCUGUGAUGUUACACCCAGAGGUCUGCUGCCCUUGGUCCUUGGGCACUGGGAGCCACAGGUCCCACUGCCUGUCCCACCAGGCUCCCUUCCUGGACCUGGCUGGGACCAGAGACCUUAGAAACCAUCUAGUCCUGUGCUUCUCGGUGGGGUUACGGGUUGCUGACCAGGAUACUUGAAGCCACAGAAUAAAUGUGGUGCAUCUUCCAGAGGCAUCCAUUUUGUUUAGAAGAUUUGGGGUAGGGAAGGUUUAAUACUAAAAUAAACAUGGAUAUAUUUUAACAUAA